AUGUUCAGAGGAAGAUAAAUGUAUGGAAUCGAUGGAUCCUGGCCCAUGUCAAUAUUAUCAGUGUUUAGUGCAGUUCUUUAGUGCAGUUACUUCCGUUGGCUAUUAUUUGAUGAAAGGAAUUAAUUCUUUUUUUCGCCAAAAAUUUGCUGCAGCGGAAGGAAUUGAAAAGAAUUUCAUUUUUUUUCAUCAGAUAAAAUGGUAUUGGGAGAAAAAUAGCAGCGAAUGCAAGACGUUUUAUUAUGGUGGCUGUCUAGGAAACCGGAACCGUUUCGACACCAAGCAGCUUUGCACUAAACAGUGCAUAUACAAAACGCACAAUCCCUUUGCUAUUCCUGGUAAUCUGUGCUUACUAAAUUUUGACCAAGGCCACUGUGACGACGAUCGGAGAGGACAGUGGUGGUACUAUUUUGAUGCAGCAAAUGGUCGUUGCGAAAAAUUUUUUUACUACGGCUGCGGAGGAAAUGCGAAUAGAUUUUAUAGUUUAUAUCAAUGCAGAAAAAUUUGUGGAGAACGCUUAGCGCCGCAACUAGCGUGCGAACGAUGCGACCUUCGUACUUCAUAUUGUAAAUCUCAUUCCAAAUUUAAUUAUUCAUGUGAAUGCAGGGACGGCUUCAAGAAAGAUUUGUAUGGUGAAUGUAAUGAUAUUGAUGAAUGUCGCAUGCACACUGCUUCAUGCGAUCGUAAUGCAUGGUGUGUGAAUACUAUUGGUUCAUUUACAUGCGAAUGUAUGGGAGGAUAUCGAGGCGAUGGCCAUAAGUGUACAUAUGUUGGUUUAGGUAAACUUCCACAUGCAACAUGCACUAAUGGUGUAUGCAUUUGUAAAGAAGGAUAUGUAGGCGAUGGAUUCGAAUGUGCAGACGUUAACGAAUGUUUAACAAUACCACGUAGAUGCGAUAAAAAUGCUAAAUGUCGCAAUAUUAAUGGGUCAUUUAUAUGCGAGUGUGUGCCUGGAUUUGCUGGAAAUGGAUACAGUUGCACAAACCGAACAACUGCUUGCUUGAAUUCAUUUGAUCGAAAUUAUAAAGAACAAUGUGGAAUGCAAAACUGGCGAGAAUAUUACUUCUUCAACCAUGAAACGAGACGCUGUGAACUUUUUUGGUAUGAUGGAUGUGAGGGUAAUUCUGAAAAUAUAUUUGCCUCACUGGAUACUUGUGAAAAUAUGUGUGAAAUAACCAGUGUGCUCGACAUAUCUGAUAUUUGCUGGGAUAAAUUUGAUAACAAUUAUCGUAAUCAGUGCAAAAACGGCGAUUGGAAGUAUCGAUUUUACUUCGAUCACGCUUCAAUGACUUGUAAAUCAUUUUGGUACGACGGCUGCACCUCGAAAUCUAGGAAUAUAUUUGAAGACUUUUCCGCCUGCCAGUGGCUCUGCAAAGAACAAGCGUUGUACAAUUCUAAGGCAUGUCUUGAAGAUUUUGAUGAGCAUUAUAGAGAUGAAUGCAGUGGAGGUCGGUGGAAACAAUACUUUUAUUUCGACAAAUCAAAAAACAAAUGCUUUCCUUUUUGGUUCGAUGGAUGUACAGGAACAAGCCAAAAUAUCUUCCCGAAUCACGGCACAUGCAAAGAAUUAUGUAUGACUCCAAAGAAUAAAGCUGGUUUUAAAGUUGAGUCAAAAUUUGAUCAGUGUUCUCAAAAUCCUUGUAUGAAUGGAGGCACUUGCAUUUUAAAAGAUGUUAAUCUUGUUUUGGAACCAUGCGAUGUGAAUCCAUGCUUAAAUAACGGAAUAUGCAGAACAACAAACAGUAAUUCAAAGUUCUUCUGUGAAUGUCGCCAAAAAUUCGGUGGUAAACUAUGUGAUAUUGGUUAG